AUGAAAUUGAGCGUGGGGAUAUUUUUUGGAGGCUUCUUCGGGGCACUGGGAGUUUUGCUCUUUUUGGUGGCCUUUGGGACAGAUUACUGGCUUCUUGCUACAGAAGUUGGAAGAUGUUCAGAAGGUCCAAACAAUAUCACGGAGGAGAAGGUCACUUUCCACCAUGAAGGUUUCUUCUGGAGGUGCUGGUUUGUUGGAGAUGUAGAAGAGGACACUAACAAUAUUUGGAAAUAUUGGUACACCAACCAAUCGCCGUCUAAGAAUUGCACACAUGCCUAUCUUUCUCCAUUUCCUUUUAUCCGAGGUGAACACAACUCAACCGCCUAUGACUCUGCAAUCAUUUAUCGUGGUAUCUGGACUGUGCUCAUGCUCCUGGGGGUGAUCACUGUUCUGGUGGCCAGCUUCUUCAUCAUCUGUGCAGCUCCCUUUGCCAGCCAUAUUCUGUACAAAGCAGGAGGAGGCAUUUUCAUCGCUGCAGGCAUCUUGUUUUCACUGGUGAUCGUGAUGUAUGUCAUCUGGGUCCAGGCAAUGGCUGAUCUGGAAAACUACAUGAAUAUGAAAAAAAUUGAUUGCCCAGACUUUGUUGCUUAUGUGCACUAUGGCUGGUCUUUCAUACUGGCUCCUAUAGGAAUAUUUUUUGCUUUGUUUGCAGGAAUGCUCUUCCUAUUAGUAGGGCGUACUAUUCAACUGAACUCUGACUUAUCACACAUCUAAUAAUGGGUAUACUGGGAUUGUGAUAAAAAUUUUAAACUGGAACACAAAUUAUGUACAUUAUUGCCACUACUACUAUAUAGCAUUUGUAGAGGCACUUCUAGAAUUGCUUAAGUUACUUGUUUAAUUGAAACGUUCCUAUGGGACAUAAAACUCACUAUAGGAAAAAAUAAUAACUUUCAUUCCUAUCCAAUUUCUUUAAGUUCUUUAAGUUCUACAUGGAAUGGUUCUCCACAUAACAUUAGAGCUCCCUGCAAACACAGGAGGGCAAAAACCCACCAACAUAAAAAUGGGUCAAAUCAGGAUUUUGUACGUUUGUCUUAGCCAUUUACUUUGUGCCACUGUCAAAAAAGUCCUUGUGGAGAAUGGUAAAGACAGAGGAAAACAAAUGUUCAACAGAGUAAUUUAAUCCACCUCCUCUCCCCCUUUCCAAAACUUUCCUUUGCUUUAAUAUGAACAAACACUUCUGCACUUAAAAAUAGAGUACAGUUGUUCAUGCAGUAUCCACAUGAACUGGGCAGUAGAGAAGAUGAUUCCAGUGAAUAAUGAUUUGGGGCUAAUAUCUACAUGUAAUAGCUUAACUGUUAACAUGAUAUGUUUUACUGCUAUGUAAACAUUUGAAAGCUGUAUUCUUCUAUAUUCUGAAAUCUGUGUUCAUUUGUUGCAUGGUUCUGUAAGCCAAAAUAAUAUAGUUGAACUACUAACUAAAGGUAUGCCAAAAUUAUAUAAUAAAACAUAUGGUGUAGA